UUUUGGUCCCCGCCUUGUUUGGGGAUCUGGAUUCUUAGCAUCUGUAGAGGGAAUCUCCUGGUCUCUCUCCUCCAUUUCUGCCUCACCUCCACUGACUGCAGGAACCACAAGAGGACACUAGGACAUCGUGUCUCUGGAAAUGGAGCUGGUGACCUUCGAGGAUGUGGCUGUGCACUUCACCAUGGAGGAGUGGGCUCUGCUGGAUCUAUCCCAAAAGGAGCUCUACAAAGACGUGAUGAAGGAGAUAUUGAGAAAUGUGGUUUCCAUAGGAGACAUAAGGAAACACCAAAAGAUUGACAAUGAAUACCAAAAUUCUGGGAGAAAACUAAGAUGUCAACUUGUGGAGAAACUCCAUGACUGUAAAGAAGGUCAUGAGUGUGCAGAGAUCUUCAAACUCUUUACAGAGGGCACUGUGAACAAUGAAUUUUAUCCAGGAGUACAUAUAUGUAAAAGAAAUGGGUUUGUCAAUGUGCUCAUUGGCCAUUUAGCUAUAAAUGUGCGACUGAAACCUAGGCCAGGGCAGAAGUCAAAUGAAGUCCAGGAACAUGGGAAGAAUGUGUAUACUAAGGAAUCUCAGGGCACCUCCAGAGCUUCCCCGUCUCUUCGGAAGCAUCAAAGUGCUGAGCCUGUAGAGAAAUCUGAUAAAACUAAACAGCCUGAUGAAGACUUGAGACUUGGUCAGAAUCAUGAAAGGACUCCGGCUGAAGAAAAACACCACAAAUGUAAGCACUGUGGGAAAGCUUGUACUUCUCUCAGCUCCUUGAAGAGGCAUGAACAACAUUACCAUGCAAAUAAAUGCUUUAAGUGUAAGCAGUGUGGGAAAGCCUUCCCUUUCCCGAGUUCCCUACAAGUCCACCAAAGAAUCCACACUGGAGAGAAGCCCUAUGCGUGUAAGACAUGUGGGAAGACCUUUGGACAUUCCAGUUCUCUCCUAAGACAUGAAAGAAUCCACACUGGCUCGAGUCCCCAUGAGUGUAAACUGUGCAAGAAAACCUUUACUCGUUUGAAUUCACUUUUAAGGCACAAAAUAAUUCAUACUGGUGAGAAGCCCUAUGCAUGUAACCAGUGUGGGAAAGCUUUCUCUCGAUCUGCUUCCCUUCAAAGACACACAAGACUCCACACUGGAGAGAAACCCUAUGUGUGUAAGCAGUGUGGGAAAGCCUUCAUUACCUCUACUUACCUACAAGUUCAUGAACGAACUCACACUGGGGAAAAACCAUAUGUGUGUAAGGAGUGUGGGAGCACCUUCAUGCUUUGGACUCAAUUCCAAAAGCAUAAAAUAGUUCACAGCGGUGUGAAUCCCUUUGUUUGUAAGCAAUGCGGGAAGGCUUUCACUCGUCUUGGUACCCUACAGAUACAUGAGAGAAUUCACACUGGUGAGAAGCCCUACGUGUGUAAGCAGUGUGCAAAAGCCUUCAUGUCUUUGACUCAGUUAAGACGACAUGAAAUAAUGCACAGUGGCAUCAAACCCUACAUGUGCAAGCAAUGUGGAAAGGGGUUUCUCUGCUCUACUACCCUUCGGAGUCAUGAGAAGGUCCACAGUGGCAAUGACCCGUAUGUAUGUUCACAAUGUGAGAAAGUUGUGAGUUCUGAGAGCGCUUUGCGGAAACAUAAAAUGAUUCACACUGGAGAGAAGCCUUGUGUCUGUAAGCAAUGUGGCAAAACAUUCACUCAUUUAAGUUCUCUUCAGUACCAUGCACUGAUGCACAGUGGAGAGAAACCCCAUGAAUGUAAGAAAUGCGGGAAAGGCUUUCGGUCUCUUAGUCACCUUAAAAAGCACGCGAGAACUCAACACUAAAUAGAAACUAUAUGCAUGUAAGCAAUAUGGGAAAGCCAUACGCAGUGGCAUAAAUCCAUAGGCUUGUUUGUAAGCAGUGUUUACAGCCUUUAAAUGGCUGUGGUGUUUUCACAUAAACUCACUGGAGAAAAGGGGGACUUUUUGCUACCAAUAUGUGAACGUUCCCUAUAGGAUUGAUUUAAAAAAACAAAGACAAAAACCCAUGAAAUAGCCAUAGUGGAGGGGGAACCUUUUAAAAAAAUAAUAUGGAAGCCAGGCAAUGGUGGUGCAUGCCAAUAGUCCCAGUACCUGGGAGGCAGAGGCAGGUGAAUCCCUGUGAGUUCAAGGUCAGCCUGGUCUACAGGGGGAGUUUUAGAACAGCUGAGGUUGUCCUGUCUCAAAACAGAGAAACCGUGUCUCAAAAAAAAAAGCCUAAAUGAUGAAGGAAGAGGAGGAGGAGGGGGAGGAAGAGGAGGGGGAGGAAGGGAAGAGAAAGAAGAAGAGGAAGAAGGAGGAGGAGGAGGAGAAGAAGAAGAAGAAGAAGAAGAAGAAGAAGAAGGAGAAGGAGAAGAAGGAGAAGAAGUGGUUUUUAUAUUAAAAGUUUUCUUCAAUGACAUGAGUAAACUCACACUGGUGAAAAGCUGUAUGAGUGCAAGUGAUGCUUAAACUUUUUGUGGUUCCAAAUCGUGGGAAAGGCAUGGCAUUGAUUAGAUUGUAGAGGAACCUGGUGCGUGUUUGCAAUGUAGAAAGUCUUCACUUCUCUGCUUCCUCCAAAUAUGUAUAAGAAGUCAACUAGAGGGGGCUGGAGAGAUGCCUCAGUGGUUAAGAGCACUGACUGUUCUUAGAGAGGAUCCAGGUUUGAUUCCCAACACCCACCUGGAAAGCCACAACUGUCCCAACUCCAGUUCGAAGAGACCCAGUGCCCUCUUCUGAGCUCAGUGGGGCCUUCAUGUGCAUGGCACACAGACAUAUAUGCAGGCAAAUUACCUCCACACACAAUAAAAAAUAAAGCCAUAGCAGAGAGAACCCCUUUGUGUGUAGGUAAUAUUGAAAAGCCUCUCAUUAGCACAGUUAAUUUCACAGACAUGAAAGAACCUACCCUAGAGUAACCUUAAAUAUGGGGUCUACUUAAAAAAAUCUUUCUAGACUAUUUAUUUCAUGUGCGUAAGUGUUUUGCCUGCAUGUGUGAAUGUGUGUCACAUAUGUGCACUGCCUGCCCCACCCUGAAGAGUGCCUGGAGUUACAGAUGGCUGUGAGCAGCCUUGUAGGUGCUGGGAUCUGAACAAAAGCCCUUUGUAAACACAGGGAGUGCUCUUAAAAACUGAGCCAUCUCUCCAGCCCAGUAGUUCAUUCUGGACUCGUAUUUCUAAAUUUUGUUUUACAAAAUAAGCUUAAGCCAAGUGUGUGAGAUAGGAUGACAGCUUAUACCCUUGGGAUGGAGACUAGUAAUCAGCACAUGUGGAGGAAACAAGACAAAACAAAAAACAGCAGUAGAAAGAAGAGUAAACUAUUGUGAAAUGAUUCUGUAAGGUUUCUUAAAGCAGCAAUCUAGAGUUUAGUGGGUGAUCUCUUGUCGCAUCAAAUCUGGCACAUUUCUGUUUGCAUUGUGAAUUGUGUUAGAUUCUAUGUUGAACUGACAUUUAAUUGUAACAUGCCAAUAUUCAUACAUGCCUUUUUUUCAAGCAAUUGUGGUUAAUUGAAAAUUACUUUUUGAGAAUAUUGGAA